CAAGGCUAAACCAUAUCUAGUUAUCUAUCAUUAUAUUCUUUCCAAUUUUCACCUCAGCAUCAACACUAACUAUGUCUAUGGAGGAUGAGGAAGCCAUUGAGGGUGAGCAUUUGCUAAGCCAAGAGUGCAAGAACAUGAUUAUCUCCCUGCCAAGAGAGAGAGGAUGGAGAACACGUUAUCUCUAUUUUUUCCAAGAUUUUUGGUGCCAAUCAGCAGAAAUCCAAUCCAUAACCAAAUUCCAGAACCAUUUUCAAGCAAAGGACACUGAUAUCAUUAUUGCUACCAUUCCGAAAUCAGGGACAACGUGGUUGAAAGCCCUAGCCUUCGCCAUCGCCAACCGCGGCCGAUUCGCCCCCUCGGAGAAGAAUCACCCUUUGCUCACUUCCAAUUCUCAUGCCCUUGUGCCAUUCCUUGAGUACACAGUUUAUGGUGGUAGAUUUGACCACGUUCCUGACUUAUCCAACAUGGUUGAGCCAAGACUAUUUGGUACUCAUAUUCCAUACCAUUCAUUGGCCAAGUCAAUUAAGGACUCCAAUUGCAAGAUAAUCUACAUUUGCAGGAACCCUUUGGACACAGUUGUCUCAACUUGGAUUUUCAUCAACAAAAUCAAGCCGGAAUAUUUGCCUACAUUGACGUUAGAGGAAGCUUUUGAAAUGUAUUGUGAAGGAAAAAUUGGGUAUGGUCCUUCUUGGAACCAUAUGUUAGGUUAUUGGAAUGAGAGCACAGCUAGGCCAGAAAAGAUACUCUUCUUGAAGUAUGAAGAUCUCAAAAAAGAUACAAUUUUUCAUGCCAAAAAAUUGGGGGAGUUUUUGGGGUGCCCUUUCACAAUUGAGGAGGAGAAUAAUGGUUUGAUUGAGAGUAUAAUCAAGCUGUGUAGCUUUGAAAAUAUGAGGGAAUUGGAAGUGAAUAAGUCUGGAACAUUUGCAAGUAACUUUGAGAAUAAGUACUUGUUUAGGAAGGCUCAAAUUGGGGAUUGGAUUAACUAUUUUUCCCCAUCAAUGGUUGAGAAAUUGUCCAAGAUUCUACAAGAAAAGUUGAAUGGAUCUGGCCUCUCAUUUGAAGUAUUGCACUCUUAAUUAUAUAUAUGUACAAGUUGGCUAUAUUAUUGGUAACACAAGAACUAUAUGUUGAAAUAUUGUACUCUUAAUUAUAUAUGUACAAGUUGGCUGUAUUAUUGGUAACACGAGAACUAUAUGUUUAAAGUA